AACUUGACUAAAAGAAGGGAUCUGUUGACAGGCCACAUCAAGGGAUCCCCAAUUUAGUACUGGAGGGAAGUGUUUAAGAUAAAAAUUGUAGAGCGACAUCACUAUAUGAAUACAGUAGGACGGUUCGAAAGGAUGUCGGUUGCAGUAGUUCAUCGGAGACGAAGAGGCUUGCACAGCACAGGAUAAAAUGGAGAGCUGUACCAAACCAGCCCUAGGACUUCUGAAGAUUACGCCAACAACAUGCAUUCUUAUGAACUUUGAGUUUUCGACUAUACUCUUUGACUGCUUCGAAUCUGAAGUAUUGUUUCUGCACGGGCGUCAUUGUGUGGUGUUUGUAAAUAUGAAGCAGUAGUUGAAAACAUGGUUAGAAUUAGUUUUAGUUGUUAGUGGAGAUGGUGUAGCUACUCGUUGGGGACCAUGGCUGAAGUGAACGUAAGUCCCGAUGAAGAAGAACGUGUCCAUUUCAGAAGAAUAGUUGCUGCCUUUAAAUGUUACAGAGAAAUGUAUGAAACAAGACUAAGGAGGGCAGAAACAAAUUUGAGAAAACUUUCUGCAAGGCACCAACAGCUCUUACAAAGCUAUAAAUUGCAUCUGCGCAGCGUCAGAGAAUGUAUUGAGAAAAAUGCUGAGGUUCUUUCAGCAUUUGUUCAAGAUGCUUAUGCACUGUUUGACAAUGCGGAGGAAUUUGAAAGAGGUGGACGUGAUGAGCCACCUACCUGGCAAGACAUUGAGAAGCUGCAGGCAACAUUGAAAAGUGUGUAUCGCGAUUGGACUGUUGAGGGAGCUCUCGAGCGAGACCAAUGCUAUAAACCAAUACUUGAAGCUAUUGACAACCAUUUCUCCACUGAAAAGGCGCUUCGUCAGGAGAUUAAAAUAUUAGUCCCAGGCGCUGGGUUGGGUCGUCUGAUGUUUGAAGUAGCAUGCCGAGGCUACAGCUGCCAGGGUAAUGAAGUCUCAUAUUUCAUGUUGUUAUCAUCAUAUUUUCUAUUAAACAGGUGUCAUACUGCACAUAUGUUUACAAUUUACCCAUGGGUACAUAAUUUUGCAAACAACCUGACCUGUGAGUCCCAAACUCGAGGUGUCACAUUUCCUGAUGCUGUUGCCAGCGAAAUCUUGAGCUCUUCCGACCUCAUGUCUAUGGCUGCCGGAGAUUUUAUGGAGAUUUAUCAUGAAAAUGCUUACUGGGACUGUGUAGCAACUUGUUUCUUUAUUGACUGCUCAAGUAAUGUUGUAGAUUGCAUAGAGAAGAUAUACAGCAUUCUCAAACCAGGUGGCAUAUGGGUGAACUUGGGCCCAUUAUUGUAUCACUAUUCAGAUGCAACUACAAAACAGCCCCUGGUGGAACCUCCAUUUGAUAUAGUUCUGAGCAUUAUUAAGAAAUUUGGAUUCGAUGUGCAGACUGUAAGAUAUAAUGUGGAGAGUACUUAUGCGCACAACACUGAGUCAUUAUUGCAGUAUAAAUACAAGAGUAUAUUUUUUGUCUGCACUAAACCUGUACCAGUACAUCAGACAGAAGCGCAUGCUGCGGCUGAAGAAAAUGUGGAAAAUGCUGCUGGAACAAGUUCUUCCCAAAGUGAAAAUUCUUCAUGCACAAACCCGACAGCUUCAUCUGAAUCACACACUAAGAAGAGAAAGUCGAAACCAAAUUCUGAAGAAACACAAGAUAAUUCAGAUUCACCUACGACUGAUGUACAAUGUGAUAAAUAGCAACAUGAUUCUGACAUAAAUACUACUGACUGAAAAGAAAGAGGAAAUACAAUGUAAACCCUGGGGCAACAUUAAUCCUCACAUUCCUUGAAUCAUUGUGUUUCUGAAUCUUCCACUAAACAGAAGUUUCCUUCACAUCAUUAACUGGGUGUGCACAUUUUCCCACAUAUUAUGCCACGUGGGAAAUUUUAUUUUAUAUACAUAUUAUAUUUGAUCACUUCAUAUAAACAGUCUAUUUGCAUUUCAUCCUUUUGUCAGUAUCAUUAAGCUCCAUUACAUAACUCUGCCAUACAGCACAAUUUCUCCAUCUUCUGUUCCUUGCAUCAUCAUAAAUUUUUCUCUCUAAAGCCUUUAUUCUCUGUAAUUCUAAUUUUUGUGUAAUUUUUAUCUCUGGUAUUAAGACACUCCUUUUCUCUCUUACUUCAUUUAGGACUUCAUUGUAUUUUAGUCCUUGAACUGAACUGAUUAACUGCUAAGUAUUAUGUUCACAUAAUCAGUUCCAAACUGUCAAUAACCUUCAUAAUGUAAAAUUAAUUGCCCUUUACUUAUCUUCUCUCUCACCUGAAAAAGUAAGUUGAAGGCUAGUGAUAUUUAUUUUGUCAUGGUCUCAAAUCAUCGAUUUUCAUAUCAGAUAAGAGAAGACGUAUUUCAUUCACUUAGGUUAUCUCUUCUGUUGUCAUAAGCACUAGUCUGUGUAUGACUAGCAAUUUGUGGUUCUUCUGUAUGUACCAGUGCAAAGCUUUCUGUGAUGACAAUUUCAUUUUUAAAAUAAAAAAAAAGCCAAAGUCCUUCAUCGUUUGGAAUAUUUGGGGACUGUGUGUGUGUGUGUGUGUGUGUGUGUGUGUGUGUGUGUGUGUGUGUGUGUGUGUGUGUGUGAAGCACUCAGAAGUAGAGGUACAAAAAUGAGUCAAAUUUACAAAGCCUUUGGAAGUAUGAGCCAAUUUAUCAGUAAAUAUAUAAAGUUGUUGUCAGUAUUAUCCCAUUUAUCAGUAUGACAUUGCACCCACACUGGCCUGGACGCUUGCUCUGAUUCAGUUGGGAAGGGUGUCAUAAAGCCGUUGUAUCUUGUUCUGAGGCAAGCUGGCCCACAUCUGUCAUAAAUGGUCCUUGAUAUCCUUGAUACUAGCACUUGGAACGAAUGCAUGUCCAAGUUGGCCGCAGGCAUGUUCUGUCAGGUACAGACCAGGGGAUCUUGCUGACCAUGGGAAUACUUCCAUCAUGAUGCAGUCAGUUCAUAGACAUUCACAUCAUGUGUGGACGAGCAUUGUCUUGUUGAAAACUGGCACCACAAUAUUGUAUGUCAUGUGAAACAUAACACAUGGGAAUGCUGGAUACCCGUGACAUUCCAUCAUGCCACCAUAGUUGUUUCGGUCACUACGAGCUAUGACCUGAAGUCAUACUCUAUGGCUCCCCACAUCAUGGCAUCAGGAGUGACAACACUGUGCUUCUCCAAAACAUUGGAAGAGUAGGACCUCUUCCUAGGCCACAGCUGUAUUUGUUGAUGAUGGUCACGCAGUGUGGUGCAGAACCACAAUUCAUCACCGAACAGAAUACAACACUGACCAUCAGCAGUCCAUGCUUCUCAGGCACAGCACAACUCCAAACCUGGCCAUUUGUGUUGUGGUGUUAAUGGCAGCUUUUGCACAUAAUGGUAAUUCCUUGGUCCAGCUGCUGCUAGUCUCCAACCAAUAAUGCAGAAUGACACAGAGUGUUGCAGGGAGCUGAUUACUUGUUCUUGAAUGGCAGGCAAAGAUGUGAAGUGGUUACAGUGUGCAUGAUGCACAACACAGUGAUCCUCCUUUGAGGUGGUCAGACAUUGUCAGUUGGAAUUUUGACAAGUAUGCCUGCCCUCACAUUCCCAUGCAGUCCAGUAUUGAGCCACUGUCACAUCCAAAUGCCUCACAAAUCUGGAAAUACCACGAUUUGACCAGCAAGCCAAAUGGAGGCCCACAAUGAGGCCCCUUUCAAACUCUGUCAGGUGCUGAUAACACUUUCUCAGAGGAGUACACAGUAUCUCCAUGUCCUUCACAGUGAUCAUUCAACAUCCAACACUGUUCCCACUUCCUGUAUAUCUUGCCUAGUAACAACACUAAUAAUGAACAACAUUAAUGCACUCUGGUGGCCUCCCACAGAGAACUGCUACUCUUAAUCAUUUAUCCUCCUGCCGAUGGUAUGUACUUAUUCAAAGUGACAUUGAUUCCAACCAUGUCUCUGAGUGCUUCACUUUUUUUAUCAUGUAUUGUGUUUUUGCUACUGUUGGAUGUUAACAGACACUUGAAGAAAUGAACCAAAUGAUUCAGUAACAUAAAUUGAAAUAAAUGAAGUGAAUAUAAUAUU